AUGGCACACAGCCUGGACUCCAGGCCUACUGUGGAGGACUUUCGCGAAAACAGUCCGUGGGUGCAACUGGCAAAGACUCACUGGCUCGAGACGUCGAAGGUUCGCAAAGCUAAACCGGACACCAUCAAGAAAGACAUAUGGGAUCCUUUGGAGGCCGAAAACUUUAGCCUUCACUCUCUUCUCGCCUUGGAGAAUUUGAAUAUACUAGAGAAGUUUCUUUGGCCUACCUACUCGGAAGAAGCUUCCAAUUACCAUGUGUUACUGUUGACGCACAUCGUGAGCAUCAAGCAGCGCGAGCAUUUGCCGAUAUGGAACAUUUUUUCCGAGAGACCUGACGAUUUCUCGAACCUGUUCCACCGAAUCCUCUCCAUGAGCAUUGACCAAUCAAUUCCUACAUCUUCGCGAUUGUCCAUACUCUCUUUCAUCAUUAGUGCCUUCCAGUCACUCGAAAACGUUUUAAUACGAAAAGAAUGUGCUCCUCUCGUUUCGAUCUCAAUCUGGCACAAUCUAUCUAGCGAGGAAGCUAGGGUGCGUGUACUUUCGAAGGGCCCGACGUUGAAAAAGGCAUGGAGGGCGGCUGCAAAAAGAUAUGAAGCAGGAGAUGAAGCAGCGAAAGCGAAAGCACGAUUCGAACGAUCAUGGCUAUACACGAUGCUUCUCGACUAUCUGCGGAGACUAGCCGGGCCUGAGAAAGACCAAUCGGAUAACUUGCACUACUGCGAGCGGUUUCUCGAGUUUUUGGUGGAUCUAGAAGGCCAACUGCCUACAAGGCGCUACGUGAAUACGCUGCUCAAAGAUCUCAACUUGCUCUCUGUUACUCGCCUAUCGCCGCUAUAUCGCUCUCCAGACAAUACGCUUUUCCGCGAUCUCUACGACCUCCUGGUGCAUUUUGUAAACUUCGCCAUCGACGAUCAUACGGGAGAGACUUUGUCUCCUCAGGCGGUGUAUGAAGCACAUUGCCAGGAGCUGUCACAUCUGCAGAGAGUCUCAAUGAAACUUUUCAAGGAUAAACUAAUGAUUCUCGCUCUAUCAAAUUAUGGUUCCAUUGAACAACGUUCUGAACUAGAGGGGCAACUGGCUUCUCUAGAGGAAUCGGAGCUGCAGAAUCUUUGUUCUCACCUUGGCUUUCGAACAGUUUACCCCGGCCAAUCUCAAGUCUCGCCCAGUCGGCAGCUGUAUCUUGAGAUUAUUUUGGCUUCCUAUGAACGGAAGACAUCUUUCCAAGAGGCCUCCUCACAGCUUGCUAUACUCCCUACGGAGGAAAAUCUAUAUGACCCGGCAUUGCUUCGGAAUGAAACAUACGAUGGCUCGCGGCCGAUUGCAAUCCCGAAAUUGAAUCUUCAAUAUUUGAGUGUCGGUGAUUUUCUUUGGCGUUCGUUUGUUCUGUAUCGCUCCGAGGCCUUUUUCCAGAUCCGCAAAGACAUGGAAGCAAUUGUCAAGCGAAUGCAGCCACGAACCAGUCGGGAUGGCAAAGGCCCAACUUUCGAAGGGUUUUCUCGCAUGGCCAUCCCCAUUUCCAAGCCUGCGAUCAUUGAAGUUGCCCCCGCAAAGGUUGGUUCGGCAAAUCCGGCUUUUGUGAGAGCAGAGAUCACUAUUGAAGUGGGGAGACUAGCCGACCACAUCAGAACGGAGUGGGAGUCUCUCCGCACCGACGAUGUGGUUUUUCUGUUGGCUGUGCAACCUGGAGCUCCCGACUCUACCUCGCCGGAUACUUCCCGUAUCUCGCACGUUCGGUCGGCAGAGAUUGUGCAGGUUCUUGACGAAAAUGGCCGCCCGCUACGCGAGCCUGCCUCGAUCCAAACAAAUGGGUUCAAGUCCAGACCUCGCGUUAGGAGGUUGUUGGUCAACCUAGAUCCGGCUGCUUUCAAGGCCGACAAAGAUCAUACUCUGCAAGGAAAGACGGACAUCUACCCCCUGAUAAACGUUGUCGCCAGAAGGAAAGGCAGAGAGAAUAACUUCAAGUCAAUUCUUGAGACGAUGCAAAAACUUAUUGUCUCGAACAUUGCUCUUCCCUCUUGGGUCCAGGAUAUCUUUUUGGGCUACGGCGACCCUGCGGGUGCCCGAUAUACGGAAUUGUCCAGUCGGCUGUCUUCUGUCGAUUUUCGAGACACUUUUAUAAACUGGCAACAUCUCGUGGAAAGCUUUCCGGGAAUGGCUAUCGAGCCUUCGGGAGAGCAGGCUUCAAGUUUUGGGCCUCCAUAUGUCCUUGAAUAUGUUGAACCCGCCCCGCCGCAGGCCUCCACCAAUGCCUCCAAGAAACGUCGGAGAGAUCAGGUCGAACGGCAGCAGACAGCUCCCAAGUCGCUACGUGUAUCGACUUACAAACCACCGAACCGUGGGCCUUAUCCGGUUGACGCCCCCAAGCUCAAUUCCGUUCGCUUCACCCCGGCUCAGGCAGAAGCUAUAGCAUCUGGCACUCAACCUGGCCUCACUAUCAUCGUCGGCCCCCCUGGAACCGGAAAAACGGAUGUCGCAACCCAGAUUAUCAACAACAUUUACCAUAACUUCCCAACGGAGCGUACCCUACUUAUUGCGCAUAGUAACCAGGCACUCAACCAAUUAUUCCAGAAAAUCGUUGCUCUGGACAUUGAUGAGCGCCACCUCCUGCGUCUUGGUCACGGUGAAGAGGAGCUGGAUACCGAGGCGAGCUAUAGCAAGUAUGGCCGUGUCGAGUCAUUCUUCGAAAACCGGAAUUACUUCUUAUCUGAAGUAGCCCGAUUGGCUGCAUCUAUUGGCGCACAGGGGGCUCACGGAAGCUCUUGCGAGACGGCAGGAUAUUUCAACACUGUUUACAUCCAACCUGCGUGGGCGAAGUUUUGGGACAAUGUCCGCGCCGACAAUACCUCCCCGGAAGAGAUCAUUGCAGAGUUCCCAUUCCAUACUUACUUUUCAAACACCCCCCAGCCUGUUUUCGACCCUUCGGCGCCAAAGAACGUGGUUCUAGACGCGGCAGAAGGCUGUCAACGGCAUAUCUCCAAGAUAUUCUCUGAACUUGAGGAUAUCCGGCCAUUUGAGAUUUUGAGGCAGCCUAAGGACAAGGCUAAUUAUCUCUUGGUCAAAGAAGCACGGAUCAUCGCAAUGACAUCUACGCACGCUGCGAUGCGCCGCCAGGAGAUCGCCGAUCUUGGCUUCCAUUAUGACAACGUUGUUAUGGAAGAAGCGGCGCAAAUCACAGAAAUCGAGAGCUUCAUCCCCACUGCUUUACAGAGCAUGAAGGCCGGUGAGCUUCCCUUGAAGCGAAUAGUUCUUUGUGGUGAUCACCUCCAAAAUUCUCCUAUCGUACAAAACCAUGCGUUCCGGCAGUACGCGCAUCUUGAACAGAGUCUUUUCCUUCGUCUCGUCCGACUAGGGGUCCCAGUUAUCGCACUCGACCAACAGGGACGCGCGCGGAGUAGCAUCGCUGAGCUCUUCCGGUGGCGUUACCAGCAACUGGGAGAUUUGCCCGUUGUCAAAUCAGCCGAUGAGUUCCAACAAGCAAAUGCUGGCUUCCAAUUUGAUUACCAAUUCAUCAAUGUCCCUGACUACCAGGGCUCUGGCGAAAGAGAGCCCACGCCACAUUUCAUCCAGAACCUAGGGGAGGCGGAAUAUGCGGUGGCCAUCUACCAAUACAUGCGACUUCUUGGCUACCCGGCAUCGAGGAUAUCUAUUCUUGCCACCUAUGCGGGACAAACGGCGCUAAUUAAGGAUGUUCUGGGGCACCGUUGCAGUAAAAACACUCUAUUUGGCAUGCCGAAAAUUGUCACUACGGUGGACAAAUAUCAGGGUGAACAGAAUGACUAUGUGAUUCUUUCCCUCACUCGCACCCGUACAAUCGGAUACCUUCGCGAUGUUCGUCGCCUGACAGUUGCCCUUUCUCGCGCCCGCCUCGGCCUCUAUAUCCUUGGUCGCCGCGAGGUGUUUGAGUCGUGCUACGAACUUAAACCGGCGUUUGAUCUUCUAUUCCAGCGACCAGACAAGCUCAUGCUCACUACCGGCGAAAUGUUCCCGACAACGCGGUCGGUUGUUGACGAAGCUCAGGGCACACCCAUGGAAGGAGUUGAGCAUCUGGGUCAGUAUGUCUUUGAAAUGACCCAGGCUAAGCUCAAGGCACUGGGCGAUCAAGAUAUUGUUGUUCAGGACGCAGUGCCAGGCGGUGUGGAUGAAUUGAUGGAUGAAGACGAAGUCAUGUUGGGAGCGGGCGAAGAGCCGCAGGAUGAUGAUCCAUUGCAUGAGCAUGUAUUAGGUGCGAGGUAA